AAUAAGUGAUUAUCAUUAUAAUCUUCAGAAGCACGCAUGUACAACUAAGUAAUGUCCCUGAUAAAUGGGCAAGAAGUAUAACUGAUGAUAUUAGUGAUGGGAACACAUCAAAUAUGAUUUGCGUCACACGUAGAAGUGCUGGACUGCCUUUCUUGCUUCAGGCUCUUUUAGGUUCUGCAAAAUUUCCACAAGGCCAAGAAUGUCUUAACUACAUUGUAAAAUCACUUUUUAAACUUGUUGAAAGUAUUACAUUGAAUGGGAGUGAUGUUGCUGUUCCUUCAGAUAGCACGAUUCAUGCACUAAACAUAUUAAGAGGUUUAGUAAAAGAUGCUUCACUUGGAGAUGAGAUGCUCCCAUAUUUAUCAACUUGUUUAAAAGUUGCAAUUGUUGGUUUUACUUCCAAUAAUUGGCAAAUCAGGAAUGCAUCAACUUUGUUAUUUUCAUCCAUCAUUAUCCGUGUGUUUGGUGUCAUGAAAAACUUUGAGAGUUCAGACAAAAAUCGAUUAUCAAGUUACGAGUUUUUCACUCGAAUGCCAGAGCUUCACCAAUUCUUUCUUCAACGUUUAGAAGAAAUCACAAAAAGUGACGAUCUUCCCAAACACACUGGUCUUUAUCCUUUGCUACUUGUUUUAUCAAGGCUAUAUCCAACUGCAACCCGUACAAAUUCAAGAUUAAACAAAUACAUUCCAUUAAUUGUUAGAUGCAGACAAAGCCCCAUUUACAAGUGCAGGGUAAUGGCAGCAAAUGCAUUACUUAGUGUGUUACCUCAACAUGAAUACCGCAAAGUCAUAUCCCAAUUAUUUAUUUCAUUGAAGAAAGCUGUAAUUUCACGAAACAGUUUACAUGGAACGCUAAUUCAGCUGAAAGCUCUGAUUAGUUCUAAAAACUGUUCAAACACAUUUCCAAACAUAUGUUCUCAACUUAUUUGUGAAGAAAUUACAGAACAGAUAAAAUCCAGCAAGUGUAUGGUUGUGUAUGCAUCUUACAUUGAUUUGAUAAUCGAUGUAUUUUUAUUGAACAACCCAUUAUCUGAAGAUUUUCAACCAAGAGUUAAGGAAACUUUACUGUGUUUCAUUAUAGAUUGUUUACAAUAUCUAAAACAAACUUGUACUUUGACACCAGGAUCUACUAUGUUUUAUACUUCUUUUGCUAAACUGCUUGUUUAUGCUCAGUUAAGCGGUAUAUUUACUGAUGGAAUUAAGACUUGUCUACAGAGUAAUGUACUAGAAACAAAAUGCACUGCACUAAAACUAUUGAGUGAAUUACCUCAAAGCACAAAAGUUUCAUGGGAUGAGUUGGUAGCAGCGUUAGUUGACAUGGCAAUCCACCAAAUCGAUCUUUCUUGUUUGGAAAAGAUUUUUGUUUUGUGUUUUCAACGUAUAUCUCAAUCAAACUAUGAAGAAAUAUUGAAGGUAUCUAUCCAAUGUGCAAGAUCUGUUUCACCACUUAAUCGUGAACUAUAUGGAGCAUUUAUAAUGUGUAAAGCUGCUUGUGCAAAACAUGUUAUUAUUGCUAAUGCACAGAACAUUGUAUUAAAACAAGGUUAUCUAUCUGAAUGUUUGGAUCAAAUGUAUGAAGGUAUUUUAUCGAAUUUGGACAACAGUGACUUCAGAUAUGUUGUUGUUAAUGCUUUUCUUCAUCUGCAAAGUGUUUUGGAAAUUUACAUUCCAUUUAUUACAAUUAAAGCUUGGAAAUUAUUUCUCCUACUGCUAGUUGAUGAAGUUGCAGAUAUUCGACAACUUGCUGCUUCAAUUGUGCUCACCAAUAAGGUUGCAACUACCCAAACUAGCAACUAUGCAAAUCAACGUUGUGUGGAACCACUUUUCAUGGAGAAAAUUUUAGAACAUUUGGUUUCUUUAUAUGGAGAACAAUACCCACAACUCUGUCGUGAAGUUUGCAGCUUCCUAAAAGAUCUACAAAGAAUAUUUGUGGCUUCACCAACGAAGCAAGGAGAUUCCUUAGUAUUCGAUCCAUCUGCCACAAAUUCUUACUAUGAGGCACAUGUAACCACUGAACAAGCCAAUCGUGUGUUAAGAUUGCUGGAAUCUUUGUAGUCAGAUUUAUGAUUUUUUAUUUGAAAUGUAGCUGUAUUUUAUAGGGCAGUUUUAAUAUAGUAGGGUGGGGGAAGAUGAAACACCUUUUCAUUCUAUAUGCUGGUCACAUUUGGUAGUAAACAUAGAACAUUCAAAGAAUUAUAAACCGUAACUUCACGGCUUCCAUAGAUCUUUGUUAAUUUUCCCCCAACCUACUAUGUGUGUUUAUUAUGAUUUUUUUAACUUAGGUUAAAUAAGUGGGUCCAAAACAUGUAUAAAAAUAAAACGGUGGUUAACAAAAAAACAGGUGCUUUGUAGAUUCUGUUGUGGUUUGUAUUCCCAAUUUUUUAAGAUUGUUUUAUUGUAUGUCACACUGUAUUUAGUCUGUCGGCAUUAGUACCGAAAGAUACACAUUACGUUCGUUUCCAUCUUCGAACAUCACAA